GCCCUCCCGACGCUCUCCGAUGUCUCAACAUGUUUGAUAUGCGACUGACUAUCGUCGAUACCAUCGAGCUCGCCGUCGCCCUGCUUGUGCCUGCCUUAUAGAGGACAAGCGUGCGUUACGGGCAUCGCCUGUCCUCCCAUUCCGUCCCGGUGUACCCGCGCAAUACCCGGGAACUUCUCACAUGAUGGACCCCCCACAUAUGACCGAGUUUGCUUCGCGAAAAUACUUCGACAAGCUCAAGCAGCUCAGCGAAUCUAAGGACCACGCUCAUGCUCACGACGAUGCUGUUAUCCCGCUGGAUGGCCCUGCCGUAACCGAAUCCUCAACAUUCAUUCUACCUAUCGGGGGAGCAAAGCCGAUAGAUCGCGCCCUGCAUGAUGUUCAGAAGGCAGAGAAGGAGAAGCGCCGCGCCAAUUUCAGCCUUAGAACUAUUCUGCCGUCACGCAGUUCUACCGAUCACGAGCAUCGGAGACAGUCUAGUGAUCCCCCCCCAAGGAAAAGCGUUCCCUUCGACCAAUUAUUCUUGGCGCUUCCCAACGAGUUGAAGAUCCAGAUUAUCGCGUCCUUACCUUUGUCAGACAUACUGAGUCUUCGCCUGGCAUCGCGAUCGUGGCAUGCUAUGAUCACGAUCAACGAACUUCCGAUCGCGCGGUACCACCUAGUACAUCACGUCCCGGCCUAUGCGAAACGGUUAUAUCCGGCACCCGAUCCGACCGCGAUCCGACUCCACUACCUCUGCGGAAUCUGGCACCGAUUACACGUCGCUGCUAAACUCUCGUACUUGAUAUGCGAGAGGGUGACGAAGGAGAUGUUUCUCAGGACCACCGAGGCCCAAUUCCUCGAAUUCAAACCACAAUACGAACGAAUGCGACGCCGAUUGAUCCCGCUACUCUUCACCAUCUUUCAUUUCUUCGAGAUGUACCGGAAACUGCAUGUCGAGUACAUCAAGGAGCACGGGCACGGGCUAUUGCGGGAUCCCUAUACUCUCAACCCUAUCGAGCUGAAAAUAAUGAGCAUGUACGAUGACCAGACCUUACUACGCGUUCACCAGGUGUUUCCGCUGGUUGUAUCCUCGUUCUGCCGGCGCCUCCGGCCUCCUUCUUAUGUCGGCCGCUUCGAACGAUCCCUGAGGGGUUACAUGAAGGAUCCGCCUGCCGACGAGGUCUACGUGGCUGCCUUGUGCGUGGGCGGGCUACGGCAGGUGGAGCGGUUCUGGGAGGUCAAGGGGUACAACUCUAGGAGAGGGGUGGUUGAAUCAUGGUAUAAUUCGGUUACGAAGGAACCUGCGGAUACGACGACGCCGAAACAACGACGGGGUUUCGGGCGCCUCUCUAGGAAGAAAUCGAGUACGAACGACCCCGAUUUCUCGAAGUCUACCGGGGAGGCACACGGGUUCAACCGUGUGCGGCACGGGUUCGAUUACGACCGACGGGGGAGUGAAGUAUCGGCAACCGACUUUCCGGAAAGCUUUGUGUUCAGCACCAGCAUGGCGCAGGGUAUGCCGAUGGGUCCGCUCUCACGGGAGCACCUCAAGGCGGUGCUUCCCGACCUGCCGACGCUGCACCAGAUCUGGUUGCCCACCGCCGAGGCCCUGAUACUGGAGAGGAAGAUUGUCGAGCGGCCGCAAGACAUCAAGCGAAACGCGCAGGUCAUGCUGGACCUGAUCCGCGAAGAUGGUGCUGCCGAAGAGGACGAGUGGUGGUACGGGCGAUCGGCGCCCGAGUCGGUACGGCCACCCCUCGAGGCCAUCGAAGAGGAUCCCGUCGAAUAAGAGCAUUUUUCCACGCCAGCGAAUCGGGUUUUGCGUUUUUCCACGGUCGGUUUGAUGAGACUUAUUAGCAUCGGCGCUUUAGAGAAGGAUAUAUAUCCGGGAGGUCUGGGCUGUGCGCGCGCGCGCGUCUAGCCGUGUCGUAUUCAUCGUCAUCGUCGUCAUAUCAGCAUUUACAGGGCGUUUUUGUUUUGCGUACGUCAUAAGGGUCGGGAAACAAGA